AUGGAAAAUAUUAGUUACGGUGGUCUGUCAGGCAAAUAUUGUCUUACUGAAUCACAAACUACUUCAACUGAUUUAUCCACUUCUGUUACUCGAGAUUCUACUUCCUGCAAUGGCAAGUGCAAUGAGGUGACGAGAAAAUGCACAAUGAAGUCGAGAAAGAACGAAAAGUCGGAACGAAUUGCAGAUGAAUUGCAGAAUCAUCAUAAGGUAGAUUAA